AUGAGUUCUCCAGGUGAAGUGGACAGCCAAGGUGACAAGCCCCAGAAUGAGGGGCUUAAAUGUGGCCUUAAAGAACCAACUUUCUUGUAUGGUGACUUGGAUCUGUAUGUAUUAGAAGCAAGAAAUCUUCCAAAUUUGGAUAUGUCGUCUGAAACAAUGAGAAAAUGUUUCACUAUGGGUAAUAAUUGUACUCCUCCCUUCAUGAGAGCACGCAGGAUAAGCACUGGGAAAUAUCAUGUAGAUACAAGUGAUCCCUAUGUCUCUGUCGUUCUGGCAGGGGCUACUGUAGCUCAAACUCGAGUAGUUCGUAACAAUGAGCAUCCUUCGUGGGAUGAGCAUUUUAUUGUUCCAGUGGCUCACCCUGCUGAGAAAGUGGAGUUUAUUGUGAAAGAUGAUGAUGCUCUUGGGGCUGAAGUCAUCGGAGCCGUAGAGAUACCUAUUCAAAAGAUUUUGUCUGGGAAUACUGUUAAUGAUUGGUUUCCAAUUAAUGGUGGGUUCUCAAUUUUCACAAAGGGUACUCCUGAGUUACAUAUCUCUAUUCAGUAUAAGCCAUUUGGAGAAAACCCUUCAGACAAAUGUGGCAUUGGAGCUGGAGAAGAUCAUCCUGGUAUUCCUAACACAUAUUUUCCUCUUCGAAAAGGAGGGAAGGUGACGCUUUAUCAAGAUGCACAUGUACCAGAUGGUAAACUACCUAACAUUCCACUUGAUAAGGGAAAAGUCUUUCAGCAGGGUAAAUGUUGGGAGGAUAUUUGCCAUGCAAUUUUGGAAGCUCACGAGCUGAUAUACAUUAUAGGAUGGUCUGUUUAUCACCCUGUAAAGCUUGUCAGAGAACCAACAAGACCCUUACCUGCUGGAGGAGAGCUUUCACUUGGAGAUUUGUUGAAGUAUAAGUCACAAGAAGGUGUCCGCGUGGAUGGCAUCAUGCAGACCCAUGAUGAAGAAACUAAGAGAUUUUUUAAAAACUCCACUGUUCAUUGUGUGCUUGCUCCACGUUAUGCAAGCAAUAAGCUCAGUAUUUUCAAGCAACAGGUUGUUGGAACACUUUUUACGCAUCAUCAGAAGUGUGUGCUUCUUGACACUAAUGCUUGUGAGAAUAAACGGAAAAUAACUGCUUUUAUCGGUGGUCUAGAUCUAUGUGAUGGCAGAUAUGAUACUCCUGAUCAUCGGCUCUUUGUUGAUUUAGACACUGUCUUUCAAAAUGAUAUUCAUAAUCCGGUAUUCCCUUCAAAUACUGGAGUACCAAGGGAACCAUGGCAUGACCUGCAUUGUAAAGUUGAGGGUCCAGCUGCAUAUGAUAUAUUGACCAAUUUUGAACAAAGAUGGAGGAAAGCCAAAAAGUGGCGUGAAUUCAAGUUAAAAAGGGUGACGAAUUGGCAUGAUGAUGCUUUGCUCAGGUUAGACCGUAUUUCAUGGAUUCUAACGCCAUCAUCUGGUGCUGCUGGCGACCAAGUUGUUCAGGUAACUGAUGAAGACGAUCCAGAAAGCUGGAAUGUGCAGGUAUUUCGGUCCAUAGAUUCAGGAUCUGUCAAGGGUUUUCCAAAGGAUAUUGAACAAGCUAAGGCUCAGUUCUAA